AUGCCUGAGCCGGCAAAAUCUGCUCCUGCUCCCAAAAAGGGUUCCAAGAAAGCCGUCACCAAAGCCCAGAAAAAGGAUGGCAAGAAGCGCAAGCGCAGCCGCAAGGAGAGCUAUUCCAUCUACGUGUACAAGGUGCUGAAGCAGGUCCACCCCGACACCGGCAUCUCCUCCAAGGCCAUGGGCAUCAUGAACUCCUUCGUCAACGACAUCUUCGAGCGCAUCGCCGGGGAGGCGUCCCGCCUGGCACAUUACAACAAACGCUCCACCAUCACGUCCCGCGAGAUCCAGACGGCCGUGCGCCUGCUGCUGCCCGGCGAGCUGGCCAAGCACGCCGUGUCCGAGGGCACCAAGGCGGUCACCAAAUACACCAGCUCCAAGUGAGCCCCUGCUGGGACGCGGCGCUCGCGCGAGUCGCCGGCCCCUUGACUCCAAAGGCUCUUUUCAGAGCCACCCACCUAAUCAGAAAAGAGCUUUGUUCACUUACGUUUACUCUUCAAUCUUUACUCUUGUUUACCUCUUUAGUUUUUAAAAUAUAGUUUAAAUUCACGGAAGAUGUUACAUGUAGGUUUUUAACUAUCUGGAACUCCAGGUUUCAGGCACAGGACUGGAUUUGCUUCUGAGUUCUUAGUGCGUCUUUGGGCUGUAUGGCGCUGCUUUUGUAGGGGUCAGUUCUAAGUUAGUAUGUUUCGUGUCCUGUCCUUCAACCCUGCCCCACACUGUUGGUGUGCUGGUGGUUUUGUUGGGGAUGUUUCACUUCAAAAACGUAAUGACAUUUUAGCUAUCAUUUAAGAGAGGACUCCAGGACAUAAUCCAGUCACACGAAACGCUUGGUGUGGCAGCUUGUGUAUGUGGUACCCUAUUAUGCGGGUCGAUGUGGCGUCCUGUGUAAACCAACCGUCUGUGAACUUUGGGCGGAGCCCGCGCAGCCGGGCCCCAGCUUUUUCCUGAUUGGACAACAUGAAUAUUCAAAAGUCUUUGCUGCCCAGUAAUUCGUGGAUUUCAGUUUCCGCCGUUCACUUUGGGGCUUUGAAAUCCCUAAUGUUUCUCAGUUUGUGGAUAAUUUUUGCAUUUAAUUUUCUCUGCAAUGCUCUGGGCUCUAGAGCAUUGCAAGGUUCUCGUCAUUUAGAGUUGGGUUCAAAAGUCACCAGUCAGGUCUGGUUUCAAAAGACGCCUUCCCAUGUCAUCCACUCCGGAAUUCGCGCCUCCAGUUGCUGCCCGCCUCACUGUUUAUUUUCUCGUAGCAACUGUCUGAAACUGUUUGCUUUCUUGUUUAUGGUCCUUCUCAAGCCCUAGACAGACUUUUCUCGGUUGGUUUUCUGCCCUUCUUCAGAAAGGCUUCAGAAAGGCGUCAGGGCUAAUUGGUGCCUGACAUAGUAGACACUUAAACACCUACUUAGUGAACUCUAUUUUCUUGCCCUUCUCUCCCCUUUUUAAGACAGGGUCUCGAUUGCCUGGGCUAGAGUGAAGUGAGGUCGUCAUAGCUCACAGCAACCUCAAAUUCCUGGGAUCAAGUAAUCCUCCUACCUCCGCCUCCCCAGGAGCUGAGACUGCAGACUCCGGCCACCAGGCCUGGCUAAUUUUUCUAAUUUUUUUUUUAUGUUUUUGUGGAAAUGGGCGAAUGGCAUGAGGGAGUCUCUCUCUUGCUCAGGCUAGUUUGGAACUCCUGACCUCAAGGAAUCCUCCCGCCUCAGCUUCCUGUAGUGCUAGGCCCCACCCCCCUUUUAAUUGCUUCUGUGGAUAACUGGGUGGGUGCUGUUCAUUUUCAUUAAAUGUGUGUGAAGACAGGGUGAGGUGGAAAUAUUUUUUGGAACUCCUUCCCCAAAUCUAUCCUUAGUCACCCUAGUGCAACAGCUGGGGUGUGAAGGUUCUUCUUAAUGUCAAAGGGGAGGUGGCAAUGGUAUGAGUUUAGUGUAAACUCCUGUGGAUUUUCAUCAAAUUCAACGUGUUGGUCACUGGAAAGAGACUUUGUCCUUCUCCUUUUCUUCCUCCCCCACCCCAUCCUGAUUCUUUGUUCCCCUCUGAGAUGAGCUUUUAAUUUACACUCCUCACUUCCUUUGUUUUUUAGAAAGCCCUGCAAGAUGAGCAGGGCUGCAGAGUUAAUAGUCCUUUUACAAAUCAGGCUGAGAAACGGUAAGGGAUUGGUUUACCUGUGUAUCCUCAGUUUCUGGAUAAUUGCAUUUUAGCUUUUAACAAUGUAAUUAAAGAAUAUUGAAUUUUCUGUCCAGGCCUUGAUUUUGCCAAGGAAGACACUGACGGUUGGAUCAGUUAUUCCACCAUGCUUUGGGUAAAGGGCUUCUGGUGUUGACUAUAGGGUUCCAUGAAUCAAAAUGAGCUCUAGACUGAAUAAAUCUUAUCUCUCCUA